UAUCGCUUCGGCUGGUUCCAUUUCCCAGGUUCGGUCGCGGGCACAUACGGGAAACGCUGUUGGGCGGAUAUUGAAAUUGACGCAGGCGGUGGCAUAGGGUGGAUUUGUGUGGUUUUCCUCCUAGCUGUCGGUUUGUUAAUCCAGUUAAACAGGUGCUACGAGCUGUUACUUCUGGAUAUCAUCUCCGGAUUAGCCUACGGCGUUCCAUGUCGAAGCCGCUGUUCAGUUAGUAAUGCAGUGUAAGAGGAUUGGAAGAUAGGCAUGGGCGAACAGUGUGCGAGUGUGAAUAGUUCGUGUAGUUUCUAUCGGGAUUCCCUUUUAAACACUGUGAAAGGUGUUGUUCUUCAUUUGUUAGCGUUAUCUACGAGAAAGUGAUUAUCUGAGUUAUGGUCGCCUAUGAGUGGAAUUCGUCGGCAUCGUCCUCGUUAAUUCAGUAGCACAAUCAAUUCCAAGGCUGAAAAUUGCAAAUGAACAAGUGCCCAUCGAAACCGCGAAACCGAAACCAGCAAAACAAGUGACUGAAUGACUGAGAGUGUGCGACCGCAGAAAAACAAAAAUAAUAAAAAACCGAAACACAAGAACCGAAAGUAACCAAACAAUCAAAUCAUCGAACCAUGCAACAACCCGCGCCCACGGUGCCAGUGUACGACUGCCGCUAGACCGCGAAUGAUGUGCUGCCGAUCCGGGCAAGAAUCAUGUCCGAGACAAGCUUGCGUGCCAACUCCUGUAUCGAACUAUCCGAAAUCAAGAAGCUGGACAGUCUGCUACGGCAAUGUGAAACGCUGAGCUACGACGAUCUGUCCUCUAGCAGCAACGGCGACCAUGAACUCGCGGACUACAUGGAACCGAAGGGACGCCUAAAACGCCGGAACUCGUCAGCUAAUCUGAUAACGACGCCACCCAUCACUAAAACGGCCAUCAGGGCGUUGUCCAACUUGAACAUCUUCAGCAGCGCCAAAAAGAUCAUGAGGAUGGUCAAUGAGAACUCGUCGUAUUACGACCGAAACUGUUUAUUACCGCAGAAGAGCAACGACAGCUACAAAACGAAAAGCUGCUCCAACCUGCAGAAACCGAUGUGCUUCGGAAAUCAGAACAAUCUCAUCGAUCCGACCUGUGGCGACCAAUUUUUCAGCAUAUCGGAAAAUAUCCUAACGACAGCUGAUAAGGGAACGGCUACCACUCCUGUCGGACUAGGAGAAGUGGAUUGUAGUGAAUGUGAAUGCCAUUGUCCACUGUCCUCGAUGCCGGACCCGUCGACCACUAUCGACUGUGGCCACUCAAACCACAACUCGAACGCGCUUAGUCAGAAGGCCAUCCGUAAGCGAAGGCCAACUGAAAAGCAAAGCAAUAAUCACCACCAUCAUCAUCCCAGUCACCACCCGCCGAAGGAUAGCAACAGCCAUGUCACAUCCCCCACCGCCGGAGGCGGCCUCCGACCCAACAAAUUCGACAACGCUGCUGCGUUAUUUCAAAAACAACAGCAGCCCCGAAAGCUCGACGGCGAUGACGAGAAUCGGAUCGUAAACAUCAACGAAACGCCCAACAUAGUUCCUAUUUCGCUCAGCAGUGUCAACGACUCGACCUCGUACGAGGGGAUGGGAGUGGCCGAGGACGACACCGGAAUGGGGGGCGACCAGCAUCAAAAUCGAUUCGAAUCAGAAAUCCCUCGACAACAAAUCGGAUAA